AUGACCGCAUUCAAAAAUGUUCUGCUUAUUGGUGCAGGCGGAAACCUUGGCGUUCCGGUCCUUGAAGCAUUCCUAGCCUCUCCGUACCGCGUCAGCGUUCUAGCCCGCAAAGAGUCGACAUCAUCGUUCGCCGAGGGUGUGCCUGUCUUCAAAGCAGAUUAUGCCGAUGUAUCCUCCGUCAAGGCGGUAAUGGAGGGCCAGGAUGUAGUGAUAAGCAUGGUUGGUGGUAUCGCAGCAGGUGACCAACAGGUCUUUAUCAACGCCGCCCUCGCCGCAGGGGUGAAAAGAUUCUUCCCCAGCGAGUUCGGCCCCUACUCGCGCAACCCAGAGUUUGCCGCACUGAACCCGCAUGUUUUGCCGCACAAGGGCGCCACCGUUGACUAUCUUAGACUUAAAGAGUCUCAGAUGUCAUGGACAAGUGUGGUUACGGGCGCCUUCUUUGACUGGGCCAUGCGAGUUGGGUUCUUUGGCUUUGACCUCGAGUCCAAAACGGCGACUCUCAUCGACGGCGGUACUUCGGUAUUUACUACAACAAACCUGCCGACGAUUGGCAGAGCCCUAGUUGCCAUACUUGAUCAUGCGGAGGAGACAAAGAACCAGUAUAUCUUCUUGUCAUCCUUCAACGUCAGCCAGAGAGAUAUUUUAGACGUGGUCGAGAAGGUAGAUGGGCAGAAAUGGACAGUGCAGCAUGUUACAUCCGAAGAGGUCAUUGACAGGGGGAAGAGAAGGCUUGCAGCAGGUGAUUUCGCCGGGAUCAUGGAUUUAACCACGGGCGGAGCGUUUGGAACGCAAGCUCUGGGUGAUGAGAGUCGGCAUGGUUUCUGGAACGACCGGUUGGAUCUUGCGAAGGAUGAUAUGGAACAGAUUAUUAGAGAAUUGCUGUAA